ACCUGAAUAAAUUUAUCAGCUUUUGGGGUUGGCGUUUAUUAUUACAUGCCUGCUAUUAGAUCAUCGGUGUGUAUUUAUUUAUAUAAAAUAUAUAUUUACUACGGAUUGAAAUCAGUCUUGAAAAGAAUCUUGAAGGAAACUGAGAGGUCCAAUAUUUCUAUGGACACAGAUCGUGGAGUAUCUUUAUCUGAAGAUUGGUUUUUGACGCAGAAAAGAAAUUGUCAAGCUUUAAACUGGUUGGAUGGUAUUAUUGUCUGCAAGGACUGCAAACAUGUGAGCAAAGACGACAAAAGAUACGAACAGCAUUUUAAAGAAGCGAGGCAUGUUAACUGGUUUAGAAAUAUGGCGUACAGACAGCCAAAGAAGAGAACUAUUUGGUUGAGAAUCUGGUUCAGUACUUUCUCACGGUUAGAAGAGACGAACCCUUUUGCACUCUGUAUAGACGAAUCCGAAGAAUUAUUAGCUGAUAACCAGACUGAUUAAACUGAGGAAUAGUUAGUGGAUAACGUGGCUGAUUAAUCUGAUGAACUGUUAACGGAUAACCUGGCUGAUUAAUCUGAUGAACUGUUAUCGGAUAAACUGACUGAUUGGUGAAUUGUAAGCAAAUAAACCAACUGAUUAAUCAGAAGAAUAGUUAGAGGAUAGACUAGCUGAUAAAUCUGAUUAAUUGUUGGUUUAGACCCUCAAUAAUUAAUCUGAUAAAUAGAAUAAUCAUAGCUGGUUAAUCUGAUGAAUUGCUAGUAAAUAACCUGACUGAUUAAUCUGAUGCAUAGUUAGCGGAUAACCUGGCUUAUUAAUCUGUGAACUGUUAUUGGAUAAGCUUUUAAUCUGAUGAAAUGUAAGAGGAAAAAUUUACUGAUUAAUCUGAUGAAUCUUCCGCGGAUAACCUGACUGAUUAAACUGAUAAAUCUUCCGCGGAUAACCUGACUGAUUAAACUGAUGAACUGUUAGCGGAUAACCUGACUGAUUAAUCUGAUGAACUGUUAGCGGAUAACCUGACGGAUUAAUCUCAUGAACUGUUAGCGAAUAACCUGACUGAUUAAUCUCAUGAACUGUUAGCGGAUAACCUAACUGAUUAAUCUCAUAAAUAGUUCGUGGAUAAUCUGAAUGAUUAAUCUCAUGAACUGUUAGCGGAUAACCUGACUGAUUAAUCUCAUGAACUGUUAGUGGAUAACCUGACUAAUUAAUCUCAUGAAAUGUUAGCGGAUAACCUGACUGAUUAAUCUCAUAAAUAGUUAGUGGAUAAUCUGACUGAAUUCUCUGAUGAAUAGUUAGCGAAUAAACUGACUAAUUAAUCUGAUGAAAAGUUAGCGGAUAACCUGACUGAUUAAUUUGAUGAACUGUUAGCGGAUAAUCUGACUGAUUAAUUUCAAUAACUGUCAGCGGAUAACCUCAAUUAAUUAAUCUCAUAAACUAUUAGCGGAUAAAUCUCAUGUAUAGUUCGCGGAUAACCUGAAUGAUUAAUCUCAUGAAUAGUUAGCAGAUAAACUGACUGAUUAAUCUGAUAAGUAGUUAGCAGAUGACCUGGCUGAUUAAUCUGAUGAAUAGUUAGCGGAUAACCUUGCUGAUUAAUCAAAUAAAGGAAUUACUUUUAAAUUUGUACGAAACACAAAUCUGUAAAAAAUUAAAUGCAAUGCAUCGUUAUAACCUAAACAGUAAUGUAUGCAAAAAUAACAUUAUUAAAUAAAGGAAAGUAUUUUUUCGA